GCCUCAUUGGCCAUUUGUUGCUAAAGAGUGACGACGAAGAUCUCUCCCUAUAUUUCUACAGUGUAUUUUUCGCGGCCACCAACAAUCACCGAAGAAAAUGGCUUCGAACGCGGCGGUGCCGUUCUGGCGUGCAGCGGGGAUGACAUAUAUCACCUACUCCAACAUAUGCGCCAACCUCGUCAGAAACUGCUUGAAGGAACCUUAUAAGACUGAAGCCCUUUCUCGUGAGAAAGUACAUUUCUCCAUCUCCAAGUGGACUGAUGGAAAGCCUGAAAAGCCCACUAUCCGCUCAGAUUCGCCUGAAGAAUGAGUUGUGUGGUUGGUCAUCAAAGUCGCCAAUUGGGAAGGACUUGAGGAGUUUAAUUUUUGUUAUUUUUGUAAUUCUUGUACAAUGCCUGUGAACAGAUUUCAGGGUUUGAGAUGCUGCUGCAUUUUCAUAAUAAUCUCUACUUUGCAAAUAAUAGACUGAGGUUUCAUUGGACUGCUA